GGCGGGCGCCGUCUGCUGCGGGAGCUGUGACCUGAGUAGGAGCUGUGUGUCGCAGCCGCCCCACCCCUGCCGAUCAUGCGCCGGCGACCCUGGUUCGCCAGUCCCACUGGGCUGUGAGCCCCCCACUCCUGGCCUGUCACGGCCCGCGCGCCAUGGGCAGCGCCCACCCUCGCCCCUGGCUGCGGCUCCCACAAGGGCCCCAGCCGCGGCCUGAGUUCUGGGCGCUCCUGUUCUUCCUACUGCUGCUGGCUGCCGCUGUGCCCAGGUCAGCACCCAACGACAUCCUGGGCCUCCGCCUACCCCCAGAGCCCGUGCUCAACGCCAACACAGUGUGCCUGACAUUGCCCGGCCUGAGCCGGCGGCAGAUGGAGGUGUGUGUGCGUCACCCUGACGUGGCCGCCUCUGCUAUCCAGGGCAUCCAGAUCGCCAUCCAUGAGUGCCAGCAUCAGUUCCGGGACCAGCGCUGGAACUGCUCCAGCCUGGAGACUCGGAACAAAGUCCCCUACGAGAGCCCCAUCUUCAGCCGAGGUUUUCGAGAGAGUGCUUUCGCCUACGCCAUAGCAGCUGCCGGGGUGGUGCACGCAGUGUCCAACGCGUGCGCUCUGGGUAAACUGAAGGCUUGCGGUUGCGACGCCUCCAGACGUGGGGACGAAGAAGCUUUCCGUCGGAAGCUGCACCGCUUGCAGCUGGACGCGCUGCAGCGCGGAAAGGGCUUGAGCCACGGGGUCCCUGAACACCCGGCCAUACUUCCUGCCAGCCCAGGUCUGCAGGACUCCUGGGAGUGGGGUGGCUGCAGUCCGGAUGUGGGCUUCGGAGAACGCUUCUCUAAGGACUUUCUGGACUCCCGAGAGCCUCACAGAGACAUCCAUGCUCGAAUGAGACUCCACAACAACCGUGUGGGCCGGCAGGCGGUGAUGGAGAACAUGCGGCGUAAGUGCAAAUGCCACGGCACCUCAGGCAGCUGCCAGCUCAAGACCUGCUGGCAGGUGACGCCUGAGUUCCGCACAGUAGGGGCGCUGCUGCGCAACCGCUUCCACCGCGCCACGCUCAUCCGGCCGCACAACCGCAACGGUGGCCAGCUGGAGCCCGGCCCCGCGGGAGCACCCUCGCCAGCACCGGGCACUCCAGGGCUGCGCCGCAGGGCCAGCCACUCCGACCUGGUCUACUUUGAGAAAUCUCCCGACUUCUGUGAGCGCGAGCCGCGCCUGGACUCGGCAGGCACUGUGGGCCGCCUGUGCAAUAAGAGCAGCACGGGUCCCGAUGGCUGCGGCAGCAUGUGCUGUGGCCGCGGCCACAACAUUCUGCGCCAGACGCGCAGCGAGCGCUGCCACUGCCGGUUCCACUGGUGCUGCUUCGUGGUCUGCGAAGAAUGCCGCAUCACCGAGUGGGUCAGCGUCUGCAAGUGAGCAGACCCAAGCUCCUCUGGGUCUCAAGAAUGGUUGUCCUCUUGGUGCCUGGCUUCUGCCGCUAGCGGAUCUGAGCCAGGCAGCAAGCAGCAGCCUUGGCUCCUGAGAGAGGUGGUUGGCUCUUACAGCCCCGAGGGUCUACAAUCACCAGACAGUCCAGAUCUGAUUGACAUUCCUCCGCUCACCUCUGUAGGUUCCCCUCUUUCUGUUCCUAGCUCAGACAGCUGGGGGUGAUAGUGGAGACUGUUCCACACCCUAGGACAGGUCACCAAAGCAGCCCAGCCUGGCAUGCCUACCUCCUGUCAUCUCUUCUUCCCUUCCCCAGGAGUGAUAGGCAAUGCACUGAAGCUGAUGGGCACCGGGGAAGAAAACUAAAAGGCAGAAAUGGCCGUCAUCGGGCUGAAGUGACUCUAAGGGCUCCAGACCUCUGCUCCUGUCUUUCACUUAACAGAUAUUUAUUUUUGCGCUCUCUUUGAGACACUCUCUGGGGAAAAAGAAGCUCCGGAGUCUACAGGCUGAUUAAGGGACAUGGACAAUAAACCAGUAAACACACAAA